GUGGCAUACGGCUUCUGUCUGCUCUACCGUCUCGAAGAUGACUAUGCAAUUGGAGUGGUAUUGGGGGCGUCUUGUCCUGGUGGAGGCCUUAGCAACAUUGCGUGCGUGCUAAUCGACGCAGAUGUUGUCCUUAGCAUCGUGCUCACUUUCAGCACCACAGUACUGGCUCUUGGUAUGAUGCCUCUGUGUCUUUGGGUCUACACGUCGCCGUUUACAGACGACGAAACAUUUCCUGUACCUAUACGCGAUAUCGCCAUCGCACUUGGUGCCCUCAUAAUUCCAUUAGCAAUCGGCGUCAUAAUUCGCAAACAGAGGCCAGAAUGGGCUAAUAAGAUCCUGAAAAUCUUGCGGCCAUUUUGUAUAAUUGUUUUCCUUAUUUUAGCAGUUUUUGGAACAUUAUCAUCAAGGUACAUUUUCUCGGUGUCGGAUCGAGAUAUGAUUCUAUGUACAUUUAGUUUCACGACGUGUGGGUUCUUAAUCGGUCUCAUCGCGGGAAAAAUAUGCUGUCGCACCAUCGUCCAAUCUAAGACUGUUGCUAUAGAAACAGGUAUUAAGAACUCUGCGUUAGCUCUCGGCAUCAUAGCAAUCGUGUACCCGAAGCCAGACGCGGAUAUUCUUACAGCCGUCGUUCUCUGGUAUGCGGCUGCUCAAUUCUUUUUGAUUCUUGCAAUGGCCGUUGUUUACGCGAUUACAACAAGAGAAUGCUAUAAGAAAAGAUGCGGCAGUAAAAUCAAAAGCGCCGAUGGCGGUGACGAUAACGAUUCAGAGAAGGGAUCACGUAACGAUUUAAAUAAAGACGAUGACGGAGUAUUCACUGUCACCAAGGAUCCACACAGAGUCAACGAUGCUAUCACUGCCUAUGACGAUUAUGCAGAACGCAAAGGUACUAACGAGGAUGACGUAGCCCCCGUGAAAACUAAACCAAAGAAGAAGAAAAAGAAACGAUCGACAGCGGAGGGAAGCGAAACAGCCGCCGCGGCAAGCAGUUUUCAGAGUGAGGCUAGCGAGACAACAGCACCGAAGAAGAAACAGAAGAAAAGAAAAAGGAAGAAAAAGAAGAAGAAAGUUUCCGAGGAUGAUACAGAAGAAUAUGAGGAGACUACACCGAGAAGUCUCCCGCCAAUUAAAACAGUCAGCAAUAGGAUCCGCCAGGAGGAGGCGUUAACGUAUUACAACGACUCAUUCAAAAAUGAUGACGAAUUAUGAUGUGCAUGCGUUACGAGGAUGACGUCACAAUUACGUAAACUAUUAGCACAAAGGCUAAAUAUUGAAAAUAUUUUUCUUAUACUCGUUUUAUAUUUUUUUUAACGAGUGAUCCUCGAUAUUAUAUAGUUUAUUAUUUAAAGUAAGUUUUGAUAUUUAGAUACAAAAUUUUAUAUAAAUGAUAUAGAACACAAAGCAAUGGUUCUUCGGAUAAUGACCCCAAUAAAUGUCAAGGUAUUUUGCCGCGACCCUUUCCUAAACGUGGGUUUAUCCUCUAACGGUGGGAGCUAGGAGGAUGCGCAUAAUGCUGAUGAGAUCCAGAUGGGUGCCCCCGGGAAGGGGGCUCUAAUGUGGCCGCCUAUAAACCUCCGAAGUAUAUUUCAGACCAGGUACUCAUUGUAUAACUUACCUGAGUGCCACACAGUCGGGAAUUGAACCCGUUUUAUCAGCAUGAUAGGUGAGUGUCUUAACAGCUCGACCAUUGCGACUAAUUACAGAAUAUUGAUGACGUUUUGUAGAACACGUGAUAUACAACAGGUGACUACUGAAUGCUUAUUAUGUCCAUAGGACUUUUGGUUUUUCUGUUUUUAAGCUGUAUAUAUCAAAGAUACGAUCAUACAAUGAAGUUUUACUUGUAUCAGUACAUAAUGUAAUAGUAUCAAAAUGCCUAUCCCUUUUUGCAAAAUAAAUUAUUUAAUAAGUAUCGUCGCGCUACUUCACAUCAAAUCAAGUAUGCUGAAUUAAUGAGUAUUAUAUUUUUUCAGCAUACAUCGGAUUAUAAAUGUAUGCCGAAACUUAGCUAUGGCAUUUGCCCUAUAUAUGAAGACAAAAUUUUUAAUUAUUCAUUGAUGUGAACAUACACGCCUUAAUCUGCGCGCGCUUCUCGUGUACUUUACUUCAUCACAGACCUACUAAAUUUAUCCGUCCAGUCGAAGAAGCGUGCGCAUAACGUAUACAUUCCAAUCGAUCAGUGGCUGAAAUAAAAUGGCACGCGACAACUGCAUGCUCUCAAUGAGCAACAUUGUGUGUAUUUAACGCGUGUGCGGUCUUGCGUGUGUAUGUGUGUGUGUGUGUUUUUUUUUAUCGAUUCCGUAAUGAAGCAAAUUAUGAAAAUGAUUAAAUAAUAGUUGUAACUUUUAUGAAAAUGCGCGAUGUUUGUAUAUUUUAGAAAUAUAAAUAUAGAGUUUUAAUUUCAUACUUGAGAGAUUAGAGUGUCAGCCUGAAGACAUUAAAAGGGUAUCGAUACAUUCCGCACACUAUUUUACAUUCUAUUGCUGAAUAAGGCAUCACGUGCAAUGGUGACCCGUCCAUGUGUGGAGCGCCCGCCACGCGUGGCAGACGUAGCUUUAAACGUGUGUAUUAAGUAAAUAAUAAUAUUCAAAAAUUGUGUGCAGUGAUUUUCUCUAUAAAUGACUCCACUAUGUGGUUAAGCAGGCGUAGGACUAGAAUAUUUGUAUUAAAAAAAUAGAGUUAUGGGUCAGGAAUUCGAGUUGUUUUUCCGCCUCGUGUCUCAGCGAUCCGAAAGCACUUGUAUAGAAAACAUCGCGCCUUGUUGUUUACACAGUGCGGUUUCCUGUUUUGCUUACUGCUGUAUUAUCAUUAUUGUACAUCACGGUCGUUCGAUAUAAACAUGGUAAAAUUUAAUGGGGGUAUAAUAUAUGAGGCUGAAGGUAAGAACGAGACUAAUAGGGGCCUAUAGUAAAUAGUCUUCUUAUAAAACGCAAAUUAUGCAGUGUUGUUUUUACGGAGUGCCAAUGAGAGAAAAUACCUGACUAGUCUGCUAGGCCUAUAUAAGUCAAAUGCUGCUGAAAUACAAAUGAUUGUACUUGAAUUUUCUACAAAUUGUUUUCUGUAACAUGAAAUACACAUUUGUUAAGUGCACUUGUUUUAUAUGUUAGUAUUAUACAAUAAGUAUUAAUGUCUGUCCAGAUUAUCAAAGGAGAUUUGGCAAAAAAAAUAUUGUAUGCCAUGUCAUCCUGACCAUAUUUGGAGACUCGGACAUGCCAUAUGUUUUUUUUUUCAAAUAAAACUUUUCAAAUGUCAUUACAAAGUGUACUAUGAAAAUUUAAACAAUGACGUUAUUGGAUACUAUCUUAUUGUAACUACGAAAACAAAUCCGAGUAUUUGUUUUAGUCUGGUAUUACAUUUUUAAGGGCAACAUUUAUUAGAUAGUAUAAUACAUACAGUACUCCAAGUAUCGCAGUGCACGCCAUCGACACGAUGGCGUACGUGCAUUUCGAUACUUGGAGUAUGUAUUAUUAGGGAACAGUGGUAUUAUACUAUCUUAUCUGAGAUUAAUCAGUGGACCUUUCGGUUAAUUGUUUAUUAAUGAAUCACAUCCGCAAAUGCCAUGAUGUAAAGCAACUAUAGUAGUGUAGUCUAUGCCUACUAUCACCAAACAGACAAAAAUGACUAACUAAUAAUAAUCUUGGUACGAAUAUUGGAACAAUUGGUAACAAAUGUUGAAAAUGUUGGUCUACGUACACUCAUUGAGAUUGCUGUUUUGGUGCUGCUUCGGAAAAUACGCCAUAUUGUAAAACAACAUCAUGAAAUGCAGAAGUUAUGUUUUAGAUAGGCCUAUCUACUGAAUUGUAGAUUAAUAUGGAGUUUUUACAAGUUUACGAAAACGAUAACGAAUAUGGUUACGUCAUAUAAGUAGGCACCCCUUCACCUUCAGUAGCAUAGGGCCUAGCUUUCACAACGUAGGCGAUUCAUCAGUGCUUUUUGCAUGAUCAAGGAUCAUAAUCAGCUCGUACAACUUAUUGUCAAAAAUGGUUUAGGCACGAAUGACGAAAAUGAUAAUGACGUAUUCGUAAGUUUGCGAAAUCGCCCUAAUAACAUCAGAAAUAAAAGGAGUUUAUGCAUUGUUUUUUUUUUUAUCUACAAAUGAGCAUUUUAAAACGACACAGGUCGACAACAAUCAAUAAAGACAUUUAGCCUAAGUACUGUGAUAUACGAUGAUAUUGUGUUGCACUGGAAGGAAAAUGGCAGCAGAUUACUAAUAUCUAUGAUAAAUGAGUUUCUCGUGCACACAAUAUAACAUAAACUAACAAAGUGUACACAGUUGGGACAAUUACCGCUUUACACUUGUUUACCUCGCGUGAAUUUUUCUUUUGGUCGUUGUGCAGCGUUUUUACUGUACAGUAUGCAGUACUUUUGUUGUCGCUCAUAUAUAGACUGAACGCCUCAUCAAAUUCAUGUGUGCAGCUGAUACCAUGGAGAUAUAAAAAUAUUUUUAUACCUCCAUGCUGAUACUAAGCUACUGUACAAUACAUCGUGCAUUGAUUAUUAUUAAAUGAAUCAGCUAA